GCGAGGUGGAGCGUUAUUGAUUUUCUCGUGCGCUCAAAGGGGUGGGUUGGCUUCUCCUCCCCCUCUUGGAUCUAGGGUUCUGUUCCGGUUCGGUUCCUUGUCCAUGGCGGCUUCUGAUGUCGAGUUCCGAUGCUUCGUCGGCGGUCUGGCUUGGGCCACCGAUGACUCCUCCCUCGAACGGGCUUUCAGUUCCUUUGGCGAGAUCCUGGAGUCGAAGAUCAUCAACGACCGGGAGACUGGGAGGUCGAGGGGGUUCGGGUUCGUCACUUUCCGGGACGAGCAGUCGAUGCGGGACGCUAUCGAGGGAAUGAACGGACAGCUCCUCGAUGGAAGGAAUAUCACUGUUAAUGAAGCCCAAAACCGUAGGAAUGGCGGCGGCAGUGGCGGAGGGGGUGGAGGUUUUCGAAGUGGAGGCGGUGGUGGGUACGGUGGCGGAGGCGGUGGCUACGGUGGUGGUGGUGGUGGUGGAGGAUACGCUGGCGGCCGUCGUGAAGGAGGAGGGUACAGCCGCGGUGGAGGUGGUGGCAGCGGCGGUGGAUAUAGUCGUGAACGUGGCUAUGGAGGCGGCGGCGGCGGCGGCUAUGGUGAUGGUGGCGGCGGCGGCGGCGGUUCCCGCUACUCGAGGGGCGGUGCGUCCGAUGGGAGCUGGAGGAGUUGAACGUAAUCUUUCGAUGCCGUUGUCGCGCUUUGACGGAUGGGCUUCGUAGUUAUCUAGUCUUUGUUCUAGUUGUAGCUUGAGGGAACUUUUCAAUUUGUUGUUCGCUUGUGUUCGGUUCACUUUGUUUUGCAUUGCGUCCUAUAUGGAUAAAGGUUGUGGUUCAA